AUUUUUAUUAUUACAGGACAUUCUCUCUUUCUGAGUCACUCACUGCUCUUUCUGAAAAUCUUGUUUUAUUUUCUUCAAUGAAAGCUAAAAAUCCGAAACUAGACAUUUCAGUUCUUGCAUUUCUCUGAUUUCUCGGCCACUAGUUUCAAAGAAUAGGGGCUACACGUUGCAGCUGUUUGGUUGCUGAGAAAAUGCUGGGAAAGGGAAGAUAAGCAAACUUUUCAGUGUUGUUUUAUUUUUGGGUUUUGACUGAAAUAAGGAAUUUAGAUGCCUUGUGAUUCAAUAUCCACAUACACGUUGAUACGGUUUACUUUUGGUGGGAUACGAGUUUGUUCCCCAAAAUGGUUCUGGGUGUAAACGCAAAGAACAGGAAAGGUGCCUCAGUUCAGGUGGAUUAUCUAAUCCACAUCCAGGAGAUUAAGCCUUGGCCCCCAUCUCAGUCUCUGAGAUCCCUUCGAUCAGUCUUGAUUCAGUGGGAAAAUGGUAACCGUAACUCUGGGUCUACCGACACCGUUGUUCCUUCUCUUGGCUCGAUUGUUGGUGAGGGGAAAAUUGAAUUCAAUGAGUCUUUUAGAUUACCAGUGACUUUGAUAAGGGAAAUAUCUGGUAAAGGCAAGGAUGCUGAUUCAUUCCAGAAGAAUUGCUUAGAAUUCAACUUAUGUGAACCUCGAAGGGAUAAGAUCCAGUUGCUGGCAACUGCUGUAAUAGACUUGGCAGAUUAUGGUGUUGUCAAGGAGAUCAUAAGUGUAAAUGCUCCAAUGAGCAGCAACAGGAGCUUUAGGAACACGUCUCAGCCAGUUUUGUAUGUUAAAAUCCAGCCAAUUGAUAAGGGUCAUAGCAGCUCCUCAUCAAAGGACAGCCCAUUGAAAGGGGUUUCACAUGACAAGGAUGGUGGUAAGUCAGUUUCAGCAUUGAUGAAUGGAGAAUACACCGAGGAAGAUGAGAUGGCCUCUUUCACUGAUGAUGAUGUCUCCUCACAUUCAUCUCUAACCAAUGGGGUUUUGCAUCCUCAAAAUGAAGAGAAUGGAACGGAUAGAUCAACAGAAAGAAAAGGAGGGGUUAACAGAGAGCCGGCUGCUGCUUCAAAAGUGGGCAUUGAAAAACAUAGUGCAUCACAAGAAAAUCUGAAGGAGAAUUCAUCUUGCUCAUCUUCUAUAGAUUUUGAAUUGCAGUAUGGAACAGAAAGAUCAACAGAAAGAAAAGUAGGGAUUAACAGGGAGCAUGCUGUUGCUUCAAAACUGGGCAUUGAAAAACAUAUUGCAUCACAAAAAAAUCUGAAGGAGAGUUCAUCUUGCUCGUCUUCUGUAGAUUUAUCAUCUGAUUUUGGGAGCCCAGUAAAUGUUCAUGCUUCUGUGGUGAACUCUCCUAACUCUAGUUUCAUGUUGACGCCAAAAAAUGAAGUUUCCCAGAGUGUUUAUUCUUCUUCUUCAGCCUUCAAUUAUGAAAGUAAAGAGGAAGAACCCAAUAUCAACAUGUCAAACAAUAGGCGUUAUGAUUUUGUGCAGGAGGUUGAUGAAAAGGUUCCUAAUAGCUCAAUAAAAAUUGAAGGUGAUACUCACCAGAUGAGAGCUGGAAAAAAUACCCUGGAAAGGACUGUUGCCACUGAUGAUAUUUAUAAUAGUUCUAUGGAGGACAUGAAUAGUCAAGAUCUGGAAGACAAGGGUCAUUUCUCAGAGGAUGAACCAAUUGAUACAUUUUCACAAGAUGGUACUAGAAAUGAAGGCGCACUUGGGAUUGAUACACUUUCUUCAAGUGGAAGCAUUGAAAGGAAAGGAAAUAUCCUCAAAAUUGAUAGAUUAAAGCAUGUGAAAUCUGUUAGAUCAUCAUCAGACUCAUCUAGGAGUAAUCGAUUAGUGAGCAGAAACCAGCACAGUGAAGUGAGGGAAAUUGCUGCCUUGGGAGAUCUACAGAACACUGCUGGAAGCUUCAAAGUCCAUGAAAGAAAAAAUGCUAAGGUUUACCCACAAGAUACAAGAACAAUCAUUUUAAAUGGUAAAAUCCAGCAAAUGGAACACAAAAUAAAAAUGCUUGAGGGAGAGCUGAGAGAAGCUGCUGGAAUUGAGGCUGCUCUUUACUCAGUUGCUGCUGAGCAUGGAAGUUCCAUAAGUAAGGUACAUGCUCCAGCACGGCGCCUUUCUAGGCUAUAUCUUCAUGCUUGUAAAGAAAGUUCUCAACCAAGGAGAGCUAGUGCAGCUAGAAGUGCUGUUUCAGGGCUAGUUCUGGUUGCCAAGGCAUGUGGGAAUGAUGUCCCUAGGUUGACAUUUUGGCUAUCAAACUCUGUUGUGUUGAGAGCAAUUAUACACCAGGCAAUAGAUGAUGAAGAGCUAUCACUUUUUGGUAAAAAGAAUACAGAGAUGAAUGGUGGUGGAAAGGGGAACAAGAUGAUGUCAUCUUCGCUAAAGUGGAAGCUAUCAUCUCCCAGAAGAAAGGGAAAUAAUAAAGUUAUUUGUGGAGAAUUAGGUGACUGGGAGGAUCUACAUGAAUUUAUAUCUGCCCUGGAAAAAGUUGAAGCUUGGAUCUUUUCCCGAAUUGUUGAGUCUAUAUGGUGGCAGACUCUUACUCCACGGAUGCAAUCCGCCACUACAAAAGCAAUUGAUAGAUUUAUUGGUUCUGGCUCAAAGAAAAAUCUUGAAAGGAUGUCAAGUUCAGGCGAUCAAGAUCAAGGAAACUUUUCAUUAGAACUUUGGAAGAAUGCGUUCAAGGAUGCCUGUGGGAGACUUUGUCCUCUUAGAGCUGGUGGGCAUGAGUGUGGCUGUUUGCCUGUGCUGGCCAGACUGAUAAUGGAGCAAUGUAUGGCUAGAUUAGAUGUGGCAAUGUUCAAUGCCAUUCUUCGCGACUCUGCCGAUGAAAUCCCAACUGAUCCAAUGUCUGACCCUAUCAGUGAUUCAACGGUUCUUCCUAUUCCAGCUGGUAAAUCAAGCUUUGGGGCUGGAGCACAAUUGAAAAAUGCGAUUGGCAACUGGUCUAGAUGGCUGACUGACUUAUUUGGCAUGGAUGAUGACUCGCUUGAAGAGGACAAUGAUGACGAGAGACAAGACAUAUGCUUCAAAUCUUUCAAUUUCCUUAAUGCGUUGAGUGAUCUCAUGAUGCUUCCCAAGGACAUGCUCUUGAGUAGAUCCAUAAGAAAAGAGGUAUGCCCUGCAUUUGGAACUCCAUUAAUCAAGAGGGUUCUUGACAAUUUUGUCACUGAUGAAUUUUGCUCCGAUCCUAUUCCUAAUGUCGUGCUUGAAGCCCUGGAGUAUGAGGAUUCUCUUGAGGCUGGGGAGGAUUCUGUCACAAACAUACCAUAUAUUGCUGCUCCACCAUUUUAUUUGCCACCUUUGGCAUCUUCAGUUGCUGAAAUUAUUGGAGAGUCUGGAAGUCAAUCGCAGCUGAGAAGAAGUGGCUCGUUGCUCAGAAAGUCAUACACCAGUGAUGAUGAGCUUGAUGAACUGAAUUCACCUUUGGCUUCAAUUUUCCUUGAUGGCUCUCGAACUUCACCUGCGCCAACAAAGCUUAGCUUGAAAUCAAAGGAAAUGGGAAAACAAAACUCCAUUAGAUAUGAACUUCUUAGGGAAGUAUGGACGGACAGUGACUAACCAUGUAAAUUCACAGGUACAUACAAGUUGAUGAUGCUUCACCUUGACUUAUUAUAUGUUGUAUAUUUGCACUCAAAUUCUGGGAUUUUUUUGUUAAUGUACAAAAGGGGUCAUUUUCUAGUAA